GCGAUGCCUAUAAAAGCGGAUGAUCUGCACUAAUUGGGCUCAAAUAAGCAAGCAUCAGACAAGCGAUCAGAGCAAGCAGGAGCGACCCGCACAGGCCAGUCCACACACACAGAGCAGAAAUCCUCACCAAGAGGAGUGUCUUUCACCGUAGUCUCCCAGCGAAAAGUCAUAUUUUUUUGAGAGAAAUGCAGACACAUCAUGCGAUUUUUGGAGCCGCUGUGCUGGGCAUGCUGUUGGCCUUUAGCUGCUCCCUACCCCUUGUGGACGUUAGCUCCACCUUAGAUAAUGACACACUUGAGCAGCUCCAUGGUAGUGGCAAUGAUACGCCCAAGAAUCUCUAUGUGGUCAAGGCGGUUGUCUAUGAGAUUGGCAUACUCACCGAGGUGGGCGACAAUGACACGGACUUUGAGGAACAAGAGCGUGUGGAUUUGACCUUCUUUGAUGCGCAUAGCAAUGAUAGUUUCAUCAAUCUGGGCAACAUACCACUGCCCAUACAGACAAACAUUUCCGGCCAGGUGCUCACAGGCAUCGCCCCGAUCAAUAUUGGUGCCUUUAGCAGUCCACAGGAGCUGCUGGAGACGCUGCCCCUCACGGGUAGCAUCGUCAACAUAACGCAUAGCGACACCGCCUUCUAUCAGCUGACCAAGUCUAAUUCGAGCAAAAUCGGGAAGCCCCAACUGCUCAGCGAGAAUGAGUUAGCCAACUUAACGCAUGCCGCCGAACUCUUCCCGACCACCAGUGGAUUGGAAGAUGUCGUCGCCGCUACCUCCAACGGGCUGGAUAAUAAGGCCAAGUCAAAAGAGACCUAAAUUCAUGAACAUAAUGCAGUGCAUUGUGCUCCCACUAAUUAAUACUACUUAGCUACAAUUAAUUGUAAUAAAUAGUCGAUAUAGUUUUAAGUAGCAGAGAAUGGACCAGGAUCGUUAGGGACCAUAGAACAAGUAAUGAACAAAAACAAAAGCCACCACAGAAAAUUGCCAUUUGCCAUGGUCAAAAUCGCUUUAAAAUAAAAAUCGCAUUAGUGUUAGAUAAAUGCUA